GUAGAUGUAAGGCAGGUGUACUUUACUGACAACUAAGGGUGUGUAGCAACAGUGAUCUUGAGCAACUGGUUAAUACUGGUCAAGGUGAUGAUGGAUGGAGUCUAUACAAGGAACACUGGGCAUGAGAAAGGGACACACCAUGGAUGGGACACCAGUCCAGUAUCUGGUGUGACCCCGGUUGUGCAGCAAUAACUGCAACUAAACGUUUCCGGUAACUGUUGAUCAGUCCUGCACAUCGGCUCGGAGGAAUUGUAGCCCGUUCCUCAGUACAGAACAGCUUCAACUCUGGGAUGUUGGUGGGUUUCCUCACAUGAACUGCUUGCUUCAGGUCUUUCCACAACAAUUCUACUGGAUUAAGAGAGAGAGAGAGAGAGAGACAAAGAAAGGAUGGUGAGAUUAGCCUACAACUAUAUACAGCUGCUAUAAUGUAAGCGAUAACUGGAACUAGGAACUAAACCCGGGUGCACACUAUACAAUUUCUAAUAGUCGAUCCCCGCUGUAAGCCACGUCACACUGUAGGAUCUCAGUUGUCGUUAAUGUCAGAUUAUACGACAGUCUAGACGUGAAAAACGUACGCACGCAAGAAGACUCGUACGGAGGACUGUGCCUCAAAUUUAAUCGGAGGACAAAUUUGAUCGCAACGGCCAUUAAUCGGCUGUCGGGGAACGUGACAAACUACUGACCAAAGACUACAGAUUUUAGCCUAGGAUUAUAGGAAUCAUUUAGGAUUGUGAAAAUUUGUCUCAGACGACCGUAUCCAAAAUCGUAUCCAAAAUCGCACAGCGUGUUUAACAACCUGGCUUAACUCCCUUGUAAAAAGCACUGAAACUCUCUUCACCGUAUCAACGAUGACACUUUUUGUCUGUUACAACCAACCCUUAUGAUAACACAAGGUAUUUAUGGCUGGUUAGAUCAAGUGAACUGGAGUUUUUGAAUAUUGGCUAACACACACAUACACACACACGUAUAAAUUAGGAGCAGAGAUACUGGCUUAACAAAGUGUGUGUUCUUCGCGUGUCUGAGGCAGCUGAAGGACGAUACCUGGUGUGUGUUUAAGACCCUGCGGAGACUACUUAAACCCCGCGGGCGCGUUUCCCUUAAGCUACUCCACGGAGUGUCGCUAGUUAUUUGAGGGAGGCGCUAUAAGCCCUACCUCCACUUUACCAAAAAAAAAAGAAAAAAAAAAAAAAAAAAGAAAAAAAAAAACCCCAGGAGGGGGGGGCAGAGAGAACUAACGGCACCGUCUUCUUGAAAGCAUCAAAAUUUGACCGAAGCUGCGCAAAACACACUUGGCUCUCCGUCGGAGUGCGGAGCACCGCCGCGUUGGGCUAAACGGUCGAUGCGCUGUGAGGCUGAACAUCACACACACACACACACACGAACUGAGGAUUCCGAGCUCCUCGACUCUCGCUCUCUUUUGGAGUAUAUGUGGAGGUCAAGCGCGCACUUCUAUGAGAAUCCCUGCUUUGCGGCAAGACCAAGUUUGGCUGUUUUCCUGAGAGGGAGUCGAGAGAAGAGCGGACGCGGGGAAUAAACAUGGUCGUGGACGGGGCUUUGCGGCGCUUGGGCUCGCUGUGCGUCCUCGCGCUGUGCUUCGGCUUCGCGUGUCCGCGAGCUCGCGUCUACACUAACCACUGGGCGGUUCGCAUAGCCGGCGGGAGCGAGGUGGCCGAUCAGAUAGCAAGCACAUACGGUUACUCGAACCUGGGCCAGAUCGGUGACCUGAAGGACUACUACCAUUUCUUCCACAGCCGGACGAUAAAAAGGUCGACGCUCUCCAGCCGUGGCACACACAGCUUUAUCUCCAUGGAACCAAAGGUGGAAUGGAUUCAGCAGCAAGUAAUAAAGAGACGGGUAAAGCGAGAUUAUAAACCCUUGUACCCAGGUUCAGUCAAGACCAGCGCAGCACAGUCUGACUCCAUCUACUUCAACGAUGCUAAAUGGAGUAGCAUGUGGUACAUACACUGUAAUGACAACAUACACAACUGCCAGUCGGACAUGAACAUUGUUGGUGCCUGGAAGAAGGGAUAUACAGGGAAAGACGUAGUGGUCACUAUUUUGGAUGAUGGCAUUGAGCGGAACCACCCAGAUCUCAUACAGAACUAUGAUAACCAGGCCAGUUAUGAUGUAAAUGGAAAUGACUUGGAUCCCAUGCCCAGAUAUGAUGCCAGCAAUGAAAACAAGCAUGGCACGCGGUGUGCUGGGGAAGUGGCAGCAUCUGCCAACAACUCUCACUGCACUGUGGGCAUUGCCUACAAUGCCAAGAUUGGGGGUGUGCGCAUGUUGGAUGGAGACGUGACGGACAUGGUGGAGGCGAGGUCGCUGAGUUUGCAGCCGCAGCACAUUGAUAUAUACAGUGCUAGCUGGGGGCCAGAUGAUGAUGGCAAAACCGUAGACGGGCCUGCAGCACUUGCCAAGCAGGCCUUUGAGAAUGGCAUCCGACAGGGCAGGAAGGGCCGUGGUUCCAUUUUUGUAUGGGCAUCAGGUAAUGGUGGGCGGAGUCGAGAUCACUGCUCAUGUGAUGGUUACACCAACAGCAUCUACACCAUCUCCAUCAGCAGCACAGCAGAAAGUGGCCGCAAGCCCUGGUACUUAGAAGAAUGCGCUUCCACUCUCACCACCACGUACAGCAGUGGUGAAAACUACGACCGCAAGAUUAUCACUACAGAUCUAAGGCAGCGCUGCACAGACAGUCACACCGGAACAUCAGCAUCAGCUCCAAUGGCUGCUGGGAUCAUUGCACUUGCCUUGGAGGCAAACCCCCUCCUGACAUGGAGAGAUGUACAGCACAUCAUCGUGAAAACGUCACGUGCCGGCCAUCUCAGUGCUCCAGACUGGAAAACCAAUGCAGCAGGAUACAAUGUAAGUCACCUAUACGGUUUUGGGCUGAUGGAUGCGGAGGCCAUGGUAAAAGAAGCUGAGAGAUGGAAACAAGUCCCCCCGCAGCAUAUAUGUGUGGAGAAUGCAGAUAGGCAAAUAAGGACAAUUCGCCCAGAGCAUGUUGUUCGCACCGUCUACAAGGCAACGGGCUGUACAGAUAAUGCGAAUCAUCACGUCAUUUAUCUGGAACAUGUAGUUGUACGCAUCACUAUAAGCCACCCACGACGAGGAGACCUAUCGAUUAAUUUGACUUCACCAUCAGGGACAAAGUCACAGCUCCUUGCCAACAGACUGUUUGACCACUCAAUGGAGGGCUUUAAGAACUGGGAGUUCAUGACUACUCACUGUUGGGGAGAGAAAGCCGCUGGAGACUGGAUCCUCGAGGUCUAUGACUCACCCUCACAAGUCCGGAGUCAGAAAGCUCCAGGCAAACUGAAGGAGUGGUCGUUGGUGCUUUAUGGUACCUCAGUGCACCCGUAUUCCUCCCGCAGUGACAAGCCUCGCUCUGUGGUGGAGUCUCCAGUUGAGGAUGAGUAUAGCGAGGAGUAUGUGGGCCCCUGUGAUGCGGAGUGCAGUGAAAAUGGCUGCGAAGGCCCCGGGCCCCAUCAGUGCAUCAACUGCCUGCACUACUUCCUCAAGUUUAAAAACAACACCAGGAUGUGUGUGCCUGAGUGUCCGUCUGGCUUUUUCCGGGAUGAUAAGAGGCGCUGUAAGAAGUGUUCCCCUCUAUGCGAAUCCUGCAUUGGUAGUCGCAGCGAUCAGUGUACCUCCUGCCGCCAAGGUUUUUACCUCAGAGAAGGAGCCAAUACAUGCAGCUAUGCAUGCCCCGAGGGCUACUAUCUGGAUCUUGAUGCCAGUAUGUACCGUAAAUGCAACGAGAACUGCAAGAAAUGUACUGCGGCAAAUAUUUGCACGGAAUGUAAGCCAGGGCUCAGUCUACAAGGGAAUAGGUGUCAGCUGACCUGUGAGGCUGGCACAUAUUACAACGGGCACAAACGUGUGUGUGAGCAGUGCCAUUCUGCUUGUGCUACAUGUGCAGGUACUGGCAUGGAGGCGUGCACUAAAUGCGCAGAGGGAUACUAUCUUGAGGAGUGGCGCUGUGUUCCCAGUUGCGGUGCAAGAUUCUACAUGGUAGAGAAAACGGCAGAAAACGGAGAGGUCCAGAAGUCUUGCCGCAAGUGCGAUCAGACAUGCUACACAUGCACAGGUCCAGGAGAUAGAAACUGCAGUUCCUGUGCGAACGGAUAUAACCUAGAAAAUGGCGCGUGUAUUGUCGGCACUAUCUGCAAAGAUGCAAAUGAAGAAUCAUGGGCUGAGGGAAGUUUCUGUGUAUUGGUGAAAAAGAACAAUCUGUGCCAGAGGAAGGUUCUGCAACAGCUUUGCUGUAGAACAUGUUCUCUAAAUGGCUGAAGGAACCGUUUACAUUCAGCUAAUUUAUAUUUCCAACCAAGAACCUCUAAUAUGGGACUAUGCUGAGAGGUUUCUCGGUGCCAGAACUACAACAAACCUACCUUUACCUGUGUGUGUGGUUUUGGAAGAACCUGUCAGGGUGUUGCGACUGGGAUCAAUAAUAAACAACAAAUCAUAUGGUUCAGUAUUUUGUGACCAAAGCAUGGAUGCCAAAAUUUUUGUACCCAUUUUUUUAUUUUUAUUUUAUUUUAUUUGGGUUCAGAGAUCAAAUCAGAGCGGCACACUGACUGAAUAAGUGUUUUUUUUUUUUUUUUGUCCUCUAACAGUAUGAUGAAAGAUGACUAAAGCCCGGUUUGUGCAUUUUAUAAAUAAAUUUGAAACCAUCACUGAAGCCGUUUAUUGUUUUUCAGCUUCAGCUACACAUCCAUGAGCAAAGAAAACACCUAAACUUAACAGUGUUCUACCUUUUUUUUUUUUUUUUUUUUUUUUUUUUAAACCAAGUUUUAGAUUUGGUUCAGAAAAGACUUGGGUUUAAAUGGCAUAACUUUUCAUUGUUUAGAAGAUUGUUGGCUCAGGCUCUCUUAAGUGUGUGUGUGUGUGUGUGUGUGUGUGUGUGUGUGUGUGUGUGUGUGUGUGUGUGUGUGCGCGCGUGCCCUACUUGGACUUGACAUAUGCAUGUAGUAAUAGUAUUUUCAUUUUAAUACCCAAGACUGUUUACAAAACCUUUCAAAGACCCAUGUUCUUUAUAGCUGGUGGUAAAUAAGUUAGCAAUCGAUUAGUCUUUUUCUUUUCCCCCCUGUUUUACCACUACCAGGUCACAUUAAUGUCUUCAGAAUAACCAAUUAAUGCACAUAUACACUUAUUUCCAGUCAUUUUCCAAACAACUGUAGCAGAUGACAGUAUUUUUUGGCUGAAAUUAGAGCAGCUGAAAAUUCGUUAGCACGGCAUGUCAAUAGCACGGCAUGUCCAGGUAGUCUGUGAUGGAUUGCUUGAAAGUAAUGAUUAAAUUUGGGAAUGGCCACACACAGCCUAAUGACGCCUACCAAGGUGUUAGAAUGGUUUUAUGUGUGGCCUGUGUACUGCACUGUUAUGUCUUGAAUAUAAUUUCAGUCAUUGUGAAUCAGUGAUUUUAAAAAGUUUCAUUUAAACUAGUUUAUUUUUUAUUUAUUUUUUGGUCUAUGGACAAACUGACAUUAAAUUGUCCUUCCAGCAUAUCUCAUUAUUCAGACUAGGUUUUAAGAAGUAGCUUAAGGGUAUAAUUCAUAAUCAGUUCUUCUAUAUUAUUUUUUAAGAAAGAUGUUUAUGGCAAAAUAACCGAUGCUAAUUAUAUGGGAUUGUUACAAAUUUGUGGUACUAUAGAAACCACAGUUUUAGAACCCAUGGCAACAUUAUGCUGGGUCCACCGUGACAAACCGGGCCCAACUAUAUUCCCUGCUACAGAAGAAGCCUUGCGAGUGAGGAACUCUAAUUCUCAAUGGUCCGAAUAUACAGAGAAAAUGUUUACUAAUUGUACUAGGCAAAAUGGAGUAGAGUAUUUCCUUCCUGUAAGGCAUUUGAGCAAUUUACUUGUGCUUAGAAGAUUUUUAUGUCUUAUUUAUGAAUAAUUGAUUUAAUUCAUUUUAUGCCAUGUGGUUUGAGAUGAUGUAACCUUUUAUUUAUAAACAAAAAAAAAAAAGUCAAAUUUUUUUUUUUUGUUAGAUGUGGGUGGGAUUUUAUUCCGGGAAAAUCAUGUAUUCAUGUUUGCAUUAAUGUUGCAAGAAAAUGGUAUAACCGUAAAGGUUUCUGCAAAUACAGUACAUGCAACAUUACGUAACUUAUAUAUAGGAAUAUAUAAAAUUAGUUUAUGUAUAAAUGUUUCACUUAUUUUGUUCUGACAAUGAUUUUUAAAAAAAUGUACAUAUGUAUUUUGAUCACUUUUAACCUAAAAAUACAUUUGAGCCCAGUUUCUUUUGUUGUAAUUGGAAAAGGGCAGGGGGGUUGGGGGUUGGGGUUGUGUGCUGUUUUUUUUUGUUGUUGUUUUGUUUUUUUUUGUUUUUUUAAAUCAAUUUUUAUAAUUCUGUUUUAAGACACCCUCAACAAUAUAUACAUGAGGAUUUGUUGUAGUAAGACCCCUCAUAGAGGGACCUGGAUGGGACAGUUUACUGAUCUUUUAAACAAUGAACUUUAAAAUAAAAAUAAGACACCUCUGGGAGUGCAAAUGAAAA